AUGGUCGAGUCUAAAGAUAAUGGCAGUCUACUGCGAGAAAACCAUCGGCAACAGAUUUGGGAUUUGAUGAACGAAAUCAAUUAUGAAAUCACAGUAAAGAAUUCAUCGGGUCACCAAUUAUCGUACGAUGACCUGUGUGAACCGUACUGCAAGAACAACGAUGCGUUCGUGGCUCUGUUGAACCUCCACGAUCAAAACUUCUCCAGAAUUGACAUCACUUAUCCAACAAUGGACAUUUUGGGUCAACAAGUAUUCAUCGCCAGUAAUAUUUAUGGCGUUAGCCUCGUCAACGGUACCAACAAUAUUGAAUCGUUCACUACCGUCAUCCUUCGAUAUUACACGGUAUAUCCUGAACUGAAGCCACUACUCGACUGGGAAGCAAAAGUGGUCAGCCUUCUCUAUGAUUCGGGUAAAUACAACCUACUACGAUGCAGUGCUGGAUCGGAUAGUCUAGUCGCCAAAAAGCAUAUGUUCAGGUCAAGGAGAUUGGGUUCGAAAACCGCUCCACUAAUCACCAUUGCUCUCGGUGAACUUAUGAUUUUCAUAGUGAUUGCUCAUCAGGUGGAACGUAUCGAUGAUGUCUUUAUCAUGAUGGCGUCAUGGCAUCGUACCGAAAAAAGUAUGCAUAUACCCAAACGUACAGCUGAAAUGUUACGAAUUUCCGGUUGUUCAAUGGCCAUUACUUCACUCACCAAUGUGAUCUCAUUCGGCAAUGGUGUCCUAUCAAGCACUUCUGCUCUUCAGACAUUCGCCAUCUAUUCCGUCGCUGCCAGUGUAAUUUGUUAUUUUUACCAGUUGAUACUUUUUCCGGCGAUUCUCACAGUCACUGCCCACAAGGAAUAUAAAUCUAUCGACGAUGUUCCGAAGUCGUGCCUGCCAGAGGAACUGACAUUGAUAAAAAAUGUCAGCAAGUUUCACGAUCGUGCUUGGAAAUGUCUCGCUCGUCUAGUUGGAAAGCCAUGGAUGCAAAUUCUCACAAUAAUGGUACAUGUUCUCAUUAUCUAUUGGACAAUCACAUACUACGGUGUUUCUCUCGUUAAGGCUGAUCUUGACGUGCAAAAAAUUUUUCCGCCCGACGCACGCAUUGUUCAGUUCAAAGUGCGCUACGACGAGGUUAUCAAGGAUAUGCAAACCGUUGCAAUUGUGGUGACAAAACCAGGAGAUUUACGAGAUCCAAAAAAGUUCGCCGAGGUGAACAGCAUGAUUCGUGAAUACGAGACUGCAACUUACAGGUAUCGCUUUCUUCAACGACUAUUUCGUGAUGAAUGUUACGCUGAACAAAUACAGAUAUCUCUGAAUUCUAGCUAUGGUCCACAAUCAACCUUUUGCUUCAUAGAACCUUACAUGGAGUUCUUAAUGUUCCACGAAUAUGAGGAAGAGGGCCAGGAAGUCGCGUUUAACUACACCCACAUUCCGAACUUCAUCAAGUCGAAGCCUCAUUGGAAGGGAACGAUGAGAAUCAACGAGACUGCAUGCGCUUCUGAAUGA